GGUGCCCGGAGCGGUGGGAGGCGAGUCUCGGGCUCCCCUGAUCCCACCGAGGCUUGCAGGGGCGCCCUGGCCUCGGGGUCUUGCGGUAGGACUGUCUGUGCGUCCCCGUUUCUCUUGGGCUGGCCCCGGGAACUAGGGCUCGGGACCCGAGCCGCGGCGCUAGGAUGGGGAACAGUGCCCUCCGCGCUCAUGUGGAAACCGCGCAGAAGACGGGCGUCUUUCAGCUUAAAGAUCGGGGGCUGACGGAGUUCCCCUCUGAGUUGCAGAAGCUGACAAGCAACCUUAGGACCAUCGAUUUGUCCAACAACAAGAUCGACAGCCUACCGCCUCUGCUAAUAGGGAAAUUCACACUGCUGAAGAGCCUGUCCCUGAACAACAACAAACUGACUUUUCUGCCUGAUGAGUUAUGCAACCUGAAAAAGCUAGAAUCACUAAGCCUCAACAACAAUCACCUAAGAGAGCUGCCAUCUACCUUUGGGCAGCUUUCUGCCCUCAAGACCCUGAGCCUCUCUGGGAACCAACUGGGAACACUACCACCCCAACUGUGUAGCCUGCGGCAUCUGGAUGUGAUGGAUCUGUCAAAAAACCAGAUUCGGAGUAUACCAGACAUAGUAGGGGAGCUGCAGGCCAUCGAAAUCAAUCUCAACCAGAACCAGAUAUCCCAGAUCUCAGUGAAGAUAUCUUGCUGUCCUCGUCUCAAAGUUCUUCGCCUAGAAGAAAACUGUCUUGAGCUCAAUAUGCUUCCACAGAGUAUCCUCAGCGACUCCCAGAUUUGCCUGCUUGCCGUGGAAGGCAAUCUUUUUGAAAUAAAGAAACUUCGAGAACUGGAAGGCUAUGACAAGUACAUGGAGAGGUUUACUGCCACCAAGAAGAAGUUUGCAUGAGGUUCUCCAGGACCAUGGGAACUGUACAGGACACAGACAUGAAAUCUCUGCUGGAAGCUGGCUGAGUCAAGCCUCCUGUUGUUGGAGAGGACACUGUGGAUUAUUACAUUUCACUCAAUCACCGUUUCUUCCUUUCUAGGGACAUUUCAGAUAAGCAAAGGGAAAAGGAAUUAGGAAUUAGGAAUUAGGAAGAGCUCUCCAUUUUGAGUUAUGGACAGUGUUGAUCUUCAAAACAUUAGUUUGGCUUUAAAAAACUAGUAGCUAGUUGCUAUUUAUACUGUGAGGGAAUGCUGCCUGGUAACAGAAUAGCUCCACAACACAGCUUGAGAUUAUGUUUGGUUUCAAUGUGUGAGCUUUCAUAAAGCCAGUUGCCACACCACCUCUGUGUUAACACUUCAUAUUUUUAUGAAAUUCUAAUUUGUGGUAAAUUUCUUUGUUUAAGGACUUAUGAUUUUCUUCUAAUCUACCAGCUCAUUUGCCAUUUAUAUUGAAUUUAGGAUGUACAUAAACAUGAGACUAUCUUAAAAUUGAGCUUGGUCAGAAAGCACCAACACAGCAACACUAAUAAAUGUUCCCCAAGGCUGCAGUAGCACAUUCUGUACUAUUGCAGGUGCCUUAUUGGUAGACGGCUCUGAAGAGCUAAAACUAUAUAUGCAACACUUGUAAGAUUUUUUUCUUUUUUUGAGACAGGGUCUUGCUAUGUAGCCCAGGAUGGCCUCAAACUAACAAUCCUGUCUCAGCCUCUCAAGUACUAGAAUAAGAGGCAUGUGCUACCACAAUUAGCCUAGUUAUAAGAUUUAAAAGGGAUUUUAAUAAUCAAGAUUUUCCUGGAGCUUUGUUAAAAAAAAUUAUGUUUUAUUUCUGGUAAUCUUUUCCCAUUUUUGUAUUUAUAUCUGUACUAAUUAAAUUACCUACAAAAAAACCAUUGCUAUAUUUUAAAAUAACCUGUUUAUCAAGGUUAUUCUCUGAAUGAGAGAAUAUACUAAAUAAAAUAUUUUUAAUGAA